AUGGACGAUGUAGAAGCUCCAGUUUUUUACGAUGAUGACGGUGAUUUUAUGGGACACGAAUAUUUACAAGAUGCGGAAUAUGAAUUUGAAUACGAAGAUGUGGAAAGAGAAACGUUGCUUGAAUUAUAUCAAUAUUGCCUUGGUCCAACUGUUUAUGAUACAUUUUCAUAUAUACUACCACUGUUUAUUACUACAGUUUUAUUUAGAUUGUGCGCUCGUUCUCAACAUGUAUCACAUAAAACCUUUCAUAUACUGUCAAUGUUGAUUGGUAUAUAUAAUAUUCAUUAUUAUGUAGCAGAAUGUUUAUAUACAUUACUAAUACUUUGCAUAAUUUCAUAUAUCACUUUAUACAUACCUAAAACAUAUUGCAAAAGCUUAGGAAUAUUUUUACCAUCACUUUUUAUUAUUGCAUAUUGUGAAUUUUCCAUGCCACCUAUAAUAUGGCAUAAAAUACGAAGUGUGGUAAUGACUAUGGCAAUGAAAACAAUUAGUAUAGCAAUAGAUAAAAUUGAUAAAAAUGAUUUACCCAGCAUUUAUACAUAUAUGGGAUACACGUUUUGUGGUGUCACAUGCCUUUUUGGUCCAUGGAUGUCAUUUAAGGAUUACAUAUCAAUACGUUACAUAAGUAACCAGGAUAAGUGGUGGAUAUUGUAUGCUAUUCAAUAUGCACUUAUAUCUUUUCUUUUUUUGACUAUUUCAAACUGUUGGACACAGUGGAUGAUCAUGGAUAAUUCUUGGAAGUGGUUAUUGGCUUAUAGAGAUGCAUUAUCUUUUAGAAUGUCUCAUUAUUUUAUUUCUUACAUUGCUUCCACUUUAUUAUUACUGGGAGGAUUUCCAUUUGCAUUAAGUGCUAUAGUAAAACCAUUCAAAAUAGAAUUUCCACGUUCACUUGUACAUGUUGUUAUUUGUUGGAAUAUACCAAUGCAUUUUUGGCUAAAGACAUAUAUAUUCCGUCCCAAUAUUAAAUACUUAGGAAAAUUUGGAGCUGUAACAAUGACAUACUUAACAAGUGCCCUUUUACAUGGAUUAAACUUUCAAUUGGCUGCAGUUUUGCUGAGCCUCGGAUUUUAUACUUUUGUAGAAUUUCAAUUAAGAUUUAUGCUUGCAAACAUUUUCGAUGCGUGUAUCGCAUCAAAACAAUGUACUAAAAAUAAAUGUACACAUGCAUAUAACACUCACAAUUCUUGGUGGGUGUUCUUAACAAAUAUGAUGUUUUCUGGACUAUCAAUUUUUCAUCUAGCUUAUUUAGGCCUUAUGUUUGAUACAUCUGAAUUACAAGAAACAGGGUACAGCUACAUUCAUACCAUUGAAAAGUGGUCACAACUUGGAUUUGCUAGCCACUGGGUAGUGUUUGCUACAUAUUGCAUAUAUUUUUUAAUUAGAUAA